UAGAUAGAUAUUCAUCGUCAAACACUGACAUACAAAAGUACGGGUUUGACGAACAAAAACACCCGACCUAGGUAUCACUUCCGCCCAUUCAGAUCAUCAAAUAUCUCGAUCCGAUUUUCAAUUACAGUCAUAUCUCAAUGAUAACGAUGAUAAUCCAGGUAGAAUGAUCUGUUGAGAUGUACCACAAAGAUGCAUCUUUUAACAGUAAAGAUUCAAUUUUUACGAUGCUAGUAAUGGAGUGGCGGUUGACAAACAUAGAACUCGAUUCAGGUCUGGUCUUAAGAAUCAGAUCCGGCCUUUCAAACAUCUAAAUCUGAUGCUCAUGUCAUCUCACUGGAUCCGGCAUCUAUUUGGCCUGGAAGACUCAAACUUUAGGAGAUUUGUUAAACGCGUAACGGUUAAGGCACUGCCCCAGGUUGAUAGUUGGGGUUUGUAAGUGAUACACGAAGUGAAAAACUUAGUUUUAGGGUUGGUUCUUGUUUCCCCCCAAUUUCUACGUAAUCAUUCCUUGCCAAGUUAUUCAAGGAUCAGUACACCAUCUUAUUGCUAAGUCAAAAGAUUUUAUGAAGCAGCUACUUCCAGGAAAUGUUAUUGAAGAUCUUGAACUGGAGGUCUUCGAUGUAUAUGGUAAUCACGUUAAACAAGAUACGGAAAUGUUGUUGGAUAUGGUCGGAUUCUGUUAUCAACAUAAAACAAAGAGAAUACAGGUGGAUAAUCGUGGGUGUAUUGAUCUUAGUGGUCUGUUGAAAGUUUCGACAGGUUAUGCGGAAACUGUGUCACUGUCUGUCUUAUCGAACGAAAAAACUGUCUUUAGCGAGGAGUCCCAAACUGAGAAAAUGAUGAUAAGAGUUGCAACUGAGAUACCUGAGAAGUGUUUUACUGGCUCUCAACUGGAAAAUGUUGUGUUUGAAAUUGUCAAAUCUGAUGGUGUUAUCGACGAAACAGUAAACGAUAAUGAGAAGGGUGAUAUGUCCCAUGCUCUAGUAUUGAAGUCGGACUCAACAGAUUUAGAUGAUUCUGUGAAAUAUAGCUUUCGUCAUGGCUGAUGCCCUGUUUGUGCUAUUCCGCUUCCUCAGAUAGAAGGAAGUUUCUCCUUUCUUGCUGCACAUUCUCGCUACCCGAAGCUUAAUGUGUGACCAUAACGGUGCUUGUAGAGAAAGCUCCUGAAAUCGUGUAUGACAGUAGCCAGCCUCAGUGUACUCAUGAAGAUAAUUUAUUCCUUGAGAAGCCAUCCAAUAUUCCAAUUUGGAAACUCCAAAAGUUCAGCAUGACGAUUGAUCAAUAG